AUGGAAACAGAGACCCAGACCCUAGAAGGCCUCCACAGGCCAAAGUCCCACCUACCUGAUAUUAUCAUUGAACCACAGAAACGUGAACAUAGGCCCAAAGGCAGCAAGUGGAAGUGGUUCUUAAAGCAUCAGGAUUCUCCCAUGGGCAAAACUGAGGGCCAGGCCCCUGCCCCAGGCCCAGCCCCAGCCCCAGCCCAAGCCCCAUCCCUUACCUCUAGGCCAGCUGAAAGGCCUUGCCACUCAGAAGUAAGAUUCUCAGAUGAGAACUGGAUUAGUAAUAUCUUAAUACGACUGGAAGCAGGAGAACAACUUUCAAGGGACAGUUCCAAUAGACUGAGCCAACUCCUCAGACACUUCACUUCAAAGGGAUACCUGAAAUGGAUGCAUCUGUACAAUCUUGAAGCCAUUGCUAAACACCUCCAGCAGAACCUACAGAUAGGUCCCAUAGACAUAUCACAACCCUAUAAAGAUGUUUUGAGUCCAGUACACUUAAAAGUGAUCCCUCCAAUUAGAAGAAAAGAAGUGGACAGCUGGCUAGAGCCAUUCCCUACCCCUGAACCAAAAGCCCGGCCCAUCCCUACACCAGUGUUACCAUCAACUACCAAGAGGAUUCAAGACCCAAAGGCUAUAACUUGGCAACUCUUAGGAGAGCCUUACAGGAGUGCACGGGCACAGCAGUUAUCCAAUGCUCUCAAAGAGAUGGAAACGCAACAUUUUUAUCCUGCCACAAGAGACAUUUUCACAGGUGCCCAUACCUCUGUGGAAAAACAAACUCUAGCACUGAUGUUUCAGAAGGAUCUCAGGGCUUUUAAGGGUAAAGGCAGGCCCCUCAAGUUGCCCCAACUGAAGAAGGCACAGCCCAUCUCUAAAGAAAAGGAAGAGCUGCCUCAAUGGGAGACAUUUGUGGCAUUGUACCAUGUUUUGCGGAUGUUAAAGGAGCGAUACACAAGAGACAGUGCUGCUUGGAUGGAACAGUUCUACCGCCUCAUGGACCUGUACCAACUUAAGUCCCCCCGAAUCCAGAGGCUGCUACUAGAGUUGCUGCAGAGAAAGAAACUCCAACCACAAGAGAUCAUCUACAAAAAGGCCCUGGAAACCAAGGAGUUGGCACUUGGUGAACGGUUAUUCUAUGGCCUGUUUUGUGGUAGUUCUCAUGCCCCUGCAGGUCCCCUUGAGUUCCAGAAUGUUGUACCCUUGCCUGGGCAGAACAGGGUGCAUACUAUCCAACCUGUGGGCAUUGCCAAGUAUGGGUUCUUAGAACUUGCCUGGAAAAGGCUACCACAAGUCAAUCCUUACCACGUUGAGAGGCCACCCAACAUCCCUACUCCUACUGUCUGA